AUGUCAGAGGAAGAGGCAAACGUAGAAAAUCAAGAAGAGCAAGUACCACCAGAACCCAAGAACAUUCUGAAGGCUGAAUAAAUUGCUGCAGGUCUCUCUUAAGUCUCCAAGAUUCAUGGUAAACUUAAAUGUCCUAAUAAAGAAUAUGUCAUAGAUGGUUCAUCCUACGCCUAUGUCAAUUUGAAUCUUGAAGAGAAGGAAUUGCAAGAACUGGGAGAUUAACUUAGACUCUACCAGCACCUUAGAUUCCUCAAUCUAUCUAAGAAUCAGCUUCAAGAUCUAAGUGAGGUUACAUACCUUCCUUACCUACUUACUCUUAAUACAUCUGAGAAUCAAAUUAAUGAUAUUACUUUCUUUAGAAAUUCUCCAAACUCAUUGCAAUAUCUACAGUUGGUUAAUCUUAGCAAGAAUAAGUUAUAAGAGCUCACCGCUAUCUAGUAACCAAGAAUCACAAGACUUAUCUUGAAUGAGAAUGAGAUAGCAAGCGCUGCACAAUUCUAGCCAGGCCAGAGUUUAAAGAUUUUAGAACUGAGAAAAAAUAAAUUAACUAAUUGCGCUGGAUUAUCUAACAUCGGUAGUUUAGAAGAAUUGUUUUUAGCUGAGAAUGAAAUUAGCGAUAUCUCUGGCCUAUUUGGUCUUUACAGUUUGAAGAGACUUCAUCUAAGAAAUAAUAAGAUUACAAGCUUAGAUGAUCUACCUAAUGAUUUAACUAGUCUUGAGUCCAUAAAUAUUAGAGAAAAUCAAGUAGCUUCACUUAACUUAACUGGAUUGACUAGAGCACCUAGAUUAAAUAAACUUAGUAUGCAAGCAAAUCCAAUAGUCGAAGAAAAGGGAGAAGAUUUUAAAAAGGAAGUCCUUAUCUUUAUGCUUGGAAAACUUAGGUAUUCUACUAAAUAAAUAAGUUUAUGUAGUUUGAAUAAAAUUGGCAAAGAUGAAAUUACUGCAGACGACAUAAAGGAUGCUGAGAAUGAAAGAAAUGAGAGAAUAAAGGUGGCUGAGGAAGCAAGAUUAGAGAAGGAAAGACUAGCUGCUGAAGGUGGAGGUGCUGAAGAACAACCACCAGCUGAAGACGAGUGA